AUGUCUGUCCGCGCCGUACCCUCGACACCGCGUGUCAUCUCUCCCAGCCCGACACCGUCAGAGAUCGACGCAAUGUCACAAGACAACUACUUUGGCCCUACAACGAGAUCAGCAACGAGAAAGCGUCUCACUACUCCUCAGCCGGUAGAGGAGAGGACAGAAGAGGAUGACUAUGAGCCGACGACCAUGCGCAGAUCGCGCACACGAAGCCGCUCCCCGAUCGAGUCUCGCCGUAUUACACCGAUGACGACCGUCAAGACGCAGACGAAACCACCCAAAUCACCCGUCAUCCCGAGCGAACCGAUCUCGAAUGGUGUCGCUCUCAACGGCGAUGCGAACGGCAACGGCAAGGCACCGACGGCCAACGGCCACCUGGCCCCUCCUUCAGCCGCUCCCACAGGAUGGAGCUGGCGAGACUUCAGCCGAAGCCCGAGUCCGCUGGGCUUGAUACCUAUUCACAGGAAAUGGAGGACGUUUGUGCACAAGCACGAGGUGCCAAGAAAGGUGCUUCACGUCUCGAUCGGAUUCUUCACAUUAUGGCUCUACAUUUCGGGUAUUCAGACAAGCUCAGUUGCACCGUGGCUCAUGGCUGCGCUGAUGCCUAUCGCGACGGCCGACUACCUGCGUCACAACUACGCCUCCUUCAACCGGUUCUACGUCUCGGUGCUCGGCGCCUUGAUGCGCGAGAGCGAGUAUGCGGGCUGGAACGGCGUCAUCUUCUACCUGCUCGGCGCCUGGGCUGUCCUCAAGUUCUUCCCCAAGGACGUCGGUGUCAUGGGUGUCCUGCUCCUCAGUUGGUGCGAUACCGCUGCCAGCACUUUCGGUCGCAUGUACGGCGCAUACACCCCGCGCAUCCGCAAGGGCAAGUCUCUUGCGGGAUCGACAGCGGCCUUCCUGGUCGGCAUUGCGUCGUCCUACUUGUUCUGGGGCUGGCUCGCGCCGAGAACGGGACCUUUCCCCGGCGACGAGCAGUAUCCCUUCAUGUUCACCGGGGCUCUUCACUUACCCCGCGCCAUCGCAAGCGCUGUGGGGCUCUCGGAUGCUCAGGCCACCAUCACCGGACCGCUAGCGCUUGGUGUCAUGGGUCUGUGGUCCGGCUUUGUGGCGGCCGCCAGUGAGGUGGUGGACAUUUUCGGCUGGGACGACAACCUAACGAUUCCAGUGCUCAGCGGAGCCGGUAUCUGGGGAUUUCUCAAGAUCUUUGGCUAG